GGGCGGGGCGCGCGCCACUCUUAAAGGGGCCGCAGGCCGCGCAAGCCGGUCCCCGGCGCCGGGGUCGCGGCGGCCGCAUGAGCCGCGCGCGGGGCGCGCUGUGCCGGGCCUGCCUCGCGCUGGCCGCGGCCCUGGCCGCGCUGCUGUUGCUGCCGCUGCCGUUGCCGCUGCCGCUGCCGCGCGCGCCCGCCCCGGCCCCGGGCCCCGUCCCGACCCGCGCCGCGCCCCGCCUGCGGCCCGACGACGUCUUCAUCGCGGUCAAGACCACCCGCAAGAACCACGGGCCGCGCCUGCGGCUGCUGCUGCGCACCUGGAUCUCGCGCGCCCGCCGGCAGACGUUCAUCUUCACCGACGGAGACGACCCUGAGCUCCAGCCGCUGGGAGCAGGCAGCCACAUCAUCAACACCAACUGCUCUGCCCUGCGCACCCGCCAGGCCCUCUGCUGCAAGAUGUCCGUGGAGUAUGACAAGUUCAUCGAGUCAGGUCGCAAGUGGUUCUGUCACGUGGAUGAUGACAACUACGUGAACCCCGAGGGCUUGCUGCACCUGCUGUCCGCCUUCUCUCCCAGCCAGGACGUCUACCUGGGGAGACCCAGCCUGGACCACCCCAUCGAGGCCACUGAGAGGGUUCCUGGAGGAGGCACUGUGACCACGGUCAAGUUCUGGUUUGCCACUGGUGGGGCGGGGUUUUGCCUGAGCAGGGGCCUUGCUCUCAAGAUGAGUCCAUGGGCCAGCCUGGGCAGCUUCAUGAGCACUGCCGAGCGCCUGCGGCUGCCGGACGACUGCACGGUGGGCUACAUCGUGGAGGGGCUGCUGGGUGCUCGCCUGCUGCACAGCCCCCUCUUCCACUCGCACCUGGAGAGCCUGCAGAGGCUGCCGCCAGAGGCCGUGCUCCAGCAGGUCACCCUAAGCUACGGGGGUCCCGAGAACCCACAUAAUGUGGUGAACGUGGCCGGAGGCUUCAGUCUGCAGCAAGACCCCACACGGUUUAAGUCUGUGCACUGCCUUCUGUACCCAGACACGGACUGGUGUCCCACGCAGAGUGGGGGUGACCUCACCUCUCGGUGACUGAGGACUCCUGGUGGCUGCCCCACAUGGCCCUGGUUGGCUCCCUCUUGCUGUCAGUGCAGGUGCUGGGCAGAUGCUCAGCAGGCCUCCCAUCACCUCUCAGCAGUCCCAGGGGCAGGUGCUUUGGGUGGGCAAGGCUGCCAAGUCUGUGCUCUGCCACCCAGGGAUGAGAGGAAGGGGUGGCGCCGCCGGGGCCCCUCCCCAGCCUGAUGAUCAUGCCUGCAGGACAAGGCCUCUGCCCGCAUCUGGACACCCAGCCUCCCAGCACUGCGCCCUCCCCGCCCAGCUGUAGAAGGGCCAGCAGGCGGGAUGCUGAGAUGUGAGGCCCAGGAGGACCCCGGGCAGGUGAGGGCUUUCUUGGCAGGCCUCACGGGCAGCCUCCCCACAGGGACUGCUGGAGCUCGGGACCAGCCUCAGGGGCAUGAUCCUGGGCAGAGCAUGUAGCCAGGAGCCCCACUGCCGGCCUUCCCUGGGGCCCAAGGGUGCCUUUCUCCACUCGGCUCCACGCUCAGCUCUGCACUGAGCUCCGACCUGCCCUGCCAGGGUCCUUAAGGCGGCAGAGGUCGGAGCGGGAGCUGCCCCGCCCCCGCCCCAGUGCAGCCAGCGAAGCCUCCUGCCGCGCUGGGCGGGCUGCUGUCAGUGAGCUCCCGAUGCCGGCAGCCGCCCCGCAGCCGCCCCGCGGGCUCUGGUGAGGACCCGACAGGCGUGGCCCUCUCCGCACGUCCUGGGCGAGCGCUCUGUGCGUGAGCACGCUGCCGCGCAACGCUGUGCGCAGGCGCACACUCCCGCUCCCACGUGCGGCAGCUGUGUGAACUGGGUGGCCCGGGCACGCGUGGCCGUGGGCCGAGGGUGUGUGCUGGCUGGCCGUGCUCGGCGUAGGGACCUUCGGUGGUGUGAAAGCGGCGCUGCGGCCGAGGAACCUGCCUGCUGGCAACCUGCGACAGCCCAAGGCUAGACGGCCCCGCUGGAGCUCCCGCAGCUCAAGGUCCCCCACAGGCCACCGAGCUGUCACAUUAAAUGCUCUUUCCACUCUGGA